AUGGCCGUAUACGUGUUAAGCCAGGAUGUUUCAGAUGAAGCCAAGAGACCAACUCCAGAUGAUAGACGCGAUAUUACAAGUAUAAGAACGAUAGUGGCAUCGGGUACAACGAAUCUGCCCGAGAAGAAUGUUAAGAAGAAUGUUAAGAAUGUUCAAGUACAGUGUGCACAAUACACAUCACCCGUAACACCCGAGGCGAUAUCAAUCAAAUCACAGAGCUAUAUCAAACUGCUAGAAAACGACAAUGCGCUGUGCAACACAGUAACAGGCGAACCGUCAAUGGCGUGUGUGAAGAAGCUGUAUGAUCUACUCAAUGCGGUGGCAUCUUUCGACGUGAUGCGCCAAUACUCACCUCGCGUGCGUACAUUAUUGGUUGAAGUAAAUUUCCCUGAGGAGAGUGAGGAAGGGGAAAGUGGGAAGAUAAUAGAAUCGGUCAUGAAAGAAUACGCAUAG